AUGGUGUUCGCCAGUGGAAGAGCCUGUUUGACUGCGAACCCUUGCCAGAAUGGUGGUACUUGCAUAACAGAAGAAACAGGCAGUGUAUUUUGUUUCUGUGUUCUAGGCUACCAUGGCACACACUGCAACCUAGCAUUAAAUGUAAAUUGUGGUCAGAACUUUUAUGGUGUUCCUGUAGGUCACAUAACGUCACCAAAUUAUCCCGACAAUUAUGAUAAUUUCCGUUCAUGUGGGCAUCUUGUGGGUUAUCCCAAUGGAAAGAAAUUCCGAGUAAUCAUUAACGACAUGGAUAUUGAAGAGGCCAAAGAUGUUUUGGAGAUCGGAAGCGGCUCUGUCUUGGACACCACAGGAGCAUCAGCCCAAUAUGUUUUUUCAGAGACGUUACAAAUUCCAGCAGACCCAUUGGAGAUUUUGGGCAGUCGCAUGUGGGUCUACUUUUACUCAGAUUUUAAUGUUGUCAAGCGAGGAUUUAACAUCACAUUUUUAGUUGAUCUGGAUGAUUGUAACUCAGAUCCAUGUCAAAAUGGUGGCUUGUGUAUUGAUGGUGAUUUUGCAUACACCUGUGUUUGCCAAUCAAGAUAUACGGGAACAAAUUGUGAAAUAAAUGUUGAUGAAUGUGCCAGCUCCCCGUGCGUCAAUGGCGUGUGUAGUGAUGGUGAUGAUCGCUAUUUUUGUGCGUGUAGUCCCGGUUGGAGUGGAACUCACUGCGAAAUUAAUAUUAAUGAAUGCUCAAGUAACCCAUGCCUGAAUAAUGCUAACUGUAAUGAUGAUGUUAACCGGUUUGACUGUAUUUGUCAGCCUGGUUACGCUGGGGUCGUGUGUAAAUCAAAUGUGAAUGAAUGCUCAAGUAACCCAUGUCAGUUUGGUUCCUGUAUAGAUGGCGUCAACGGCUUCUUCUGCCAGUGCUUUUCAGGAUACAGUGGAACAUAUUGCGAAUAUGAUCUGGAUGACUGUAACCCAGAUCCAUGUCACAAUGAUGGCAUUUGUAUUGAUGAUGAUGAUUAUGCAUACACCUGUGUUUGCCAAUCAGGGUAUACAGGAACAAAUUGUGAAGCUUAUAUUGGGGAAUGUGCCAGUUCCCCGUGUAAUAAUGGCAUGUGUGCCGUUGGUGUUUAUGGAUAUAUUUGUACAUGUAAUCCUGGUUGGAGUGGAGUUCACUGUGACAAAAAAAUGUGUUACAAAGAAGUUUAUGACGACCUCACAUUUCCUGAUGCCAAAAUUGGAGAGACGGUAGAUUCCGAAGACUUGUGUGGUGAGAGUAAAACAAAUUAUCUUAUGCCUCUUGCUACCCGAACGUGUAAAGGCGAAGGUGCAGCUAUGUGGGAAGAUCCAGAAAUAAACGACUGUGGACCUGACGCUACAACUGAACAACUGUUAGAACGUCUAAAUUCGGUGAUGGUCAAAUUUUGUAGAUUAAAACAAAUCAAUGAUUAUAGUUUAAUUUACUCUCAGGUGACACAAUCUAUUAUUAUGGUAGUAAAUAACUUGUUAGGUGUUGACGAGGAAAUCCUAAUGGAAAGUCAAAUGAGGAAUCAGGCUCCUACUAAAAUUACUGAAGUUCUUGAAGGUCAAUUGGGCAUAGUAGAGCUAAAUGAAAAAGGCAUUUAUGAAGAAACCACACCUAACAUAGCAGUACAGGCUCAGAUGUUUGAUGCAACUCAAAUUAGUGAAGAAAACAUGAUUAACUUAACUUUUAUAUCAGAAUCAAAUAAGAAUGGUGUAGGUGCAGUUAAAGUACUUGCCAAUGGUGUGAAAAUACCUGAUGCUGCCAAUGUGUCAAUUGCUCUGCCAAUCAGUAUAUCUGACGUCAUCAGUGCUAAUAAUAUAACAGAUUUCCGGAUUAUAGUUAUUGUUUACAAUGACAGUAGACUGUUCCAAUCUGCUCAGUUCAUUAAUGAUAGAUCAGGUCGCAGACCAAAUAGUCAAGUUAUUUCUCUGUCAGUACCUGGAUUAGAUCGUGUUAAACUGGACAAGCCCAUCGUUACCACGUUCAUUCCCAUUGAAAUCUCUGAAACAAACAGAAAUACAACCUGUGUCUUUUGGGACUUCAUACUUGAUGGGGUUGGAGGAUGGUCGACUGAAGGCUGCACAUUUGUAAAUGGAUCGGAGGAUGGGAGUGAUAGGCAGUAUUGCGAGUGCACUCAUCUAACUAACUUUGCUAUACUUAUGGAUUUCCAUCAAAUGUCAUCUCUUCCCCCUGCAGCAGACAUUGUAACUAUUGUUGGCUUAAGCAUAUCAAUUGCAUCUCUAUUUCUGACAUUACUUACUUUCUUGAGUAAGAGGAAAUUUUGGAAGAGUGAACCAAAGCAAAUUCUAUGUCAGCUGUGUUUGUCUUUGCUUGGUCUGUAUAUUGUAUUUCUUGCUGGAAUUGAUCGAAAUGAAACGACUGAAAACAGUCUUGGUUGUACGAUUGCUGCAGCUCUUUUGCAUUACUUCUUGCUAUCGUCAAUAUUCUGGAUGAAUGUUCAAGCUGUAAAAAUGUACUAUUUACUUGUGAAAGUCGUUAAUAGUUACGUGUCACACUUUCUUUUUAAGGCUUGCUUGUUUGCAUGGGGUUUACCAGCGAUAAUUGUCUCGGUGUCUGCAUUUGUUGACCUUGAUAGCUAUGUGGAUUUUGAAAAUUAUUGUUUUCUGACACUCCAACGUAUGUACUACUCUGUAGCAAUUCCUGUCGCCCUAUCCUUACUUUUCAACAUGACCGUAUUCAUUCGGGUUUUGCAUAGUUUAAGGCAGCUCGGAAAAAACAGAAAUCAAUCUACCAUAAAAGGAAAGGAAACCAGACUCAAUGGGAUUCAGAUGAUGAGAAUUGGAGUUACCAUUACAGCAGUUUUCGGUUUAACAUGGUUGAUCGGUUUCUUUUCCAUCGGAGAUGCUUCCGAAGUUAUGCUGUGGAUUUUUUGUAUUCUUAAUUCUUUCCAAGGAUUACUUAUCUUCGUAUUUAUGCGUUUGAAAUAAGGAAUUACGCUUUUACCAGGGGUGGCGCCAGCGUGGGGGUGGGGCGUCGGGGAGAAAAAAAAAGCACAAUUCGUCGUGGAUAAAAAAAAUUGUAUGUAUUUUCUACAUAUUAGUAGACUCUAAAAUCGAUUAAAUAAGCAUUUUGAAACCCCUAUUUUGUCCAUUUUCUAAGCCACGCCCACUUUGCUUUCGUUGGGAAAAUCUGACUCCUUGUCGGAAUCUCAAACCUCCAACCCCACUCCCCAUCGGGCAAAUCCUGGCGCCACCGUUGGCUCUUACUGGUGGAAGACGUUACUCAAUAUACCAAGAAACUCAGAACUUUUUGAUGGAUGGCUUAUACGUUAUGUCUGGCAAAACCAAACAAAGUUUACUUUCUAGUUUUUAAAAAGAAGAAUCAUCUCGCAGACAAAAGUCCUUCUCCAACUCGUUUUCAUGUCCUAGCCAUUCCGGAAAUAAUCACAAUGAAAAUUAUCAAGUUAGGCUUGGGAAACGCUCCUUUGAAUCAGAAAAUAUCG